ACCGCUUUCCCCGCCCCCCGGUUCCCACCGGUGUCCUUCCCACGCUAAAGGCUACUUCCUCUUGAAGCAAAAGAGAAGCCUUAACAACCUCGAUACCGAAGCUCCUGGCUGCGCUCGCCUUUGCCUGGACUAUGCCUGAUUCUCUCAUCAGAGAGGGGUGGUGGAAGCGCGAGAAGGAAGUUCUUGCAGGCCAAAGUGGGGCAACCCGGUCGCACUUCCGCCUCCUGGGCUCCGGAAGGUAGCGCGCACGCGCUCGCGCGACUUCGGCUCGGUUGACUUCCGCUCCCACUGUGCCCUGCGAGCCGAAUCAUGGAUCACACUGACAAUGAGUUACAAGGCACUAAUAGUUCUGGAUCAUUGGGUGGUCUUGAUGUUCGCAGACGAAUACCUAUAAAACUUAUCUCCAAACAAGCAAACAAAGCCAAACCUGCACCUCGAACUCAAAGAACUAUAAACAGGAUGCCUGCAAAGGCUCCACCUGGUGAUGAAGGAUUUGAUUAUAAUGAAGAAGAGCGGUAUGACUGUAAAGGGGGCGAACUGUUUGGAAAUCAGCGAAGAUUUCCUGGACACCUUUUUUGGGACUUUAAGAUCAACAUCUUAGGUGAAAAGGAUGAUACACCAGUUCAUUUCUGUGACAAAUGUGGAUUGCCUAUUAAAAUCUAUGGACGAAUGAUUCCAUGCAAGCAUGUUUUUUGCUAUGACUGUGCUAUUUUACAUGAAAAAAAGGGAGAUAAGAUGUGUCCAGGCUGUAGUGAUCCUGUGCAGCGAAUUGAACAGUGUACACGAGGUUCUCUCUUCAUGUGUAGCAUUGUUCAAGGGUGCAAGAGAACAUAUUUGUCUCAGAGAGACUUACAGGCUCAUAUCAAUCAUCGUCAUAUGAGAGCUGGAAAACCUGUUACCCGUGCUUCACUUGAAAAUGUUCAUCCUCCUAUUGCCCCACCACCAACUGACAUCCCUGAUCGUUUUAUAAUGCCACCAGACAAGCACCAUAUGAGUCAUAUUCCGCCAAAGCAGCACAUCAUGAUGCCACCACCUCCUUUGCAACAUGUGCCCCAUGAGCACUAUAAUCAGCCUCAUGAGGAUAUUCGUGCUCCUCCAGCAGAAUUGUCCAUGGCUCCACCUCCACCUCGUUCGGUCAGUCAGGAAACCUUUCGCAUUUCAACAAGAAAACACAGCAAUUUAAUAACCGUCCCUAUUCAGGAUGACUCAAAUUCAGGUGCUAGAGAACCACCACCACCUGCCCCAGCACCUGCUCACCAUCAUCCUGAAUAUCAGGGUCAACCAGUGGUAUCGCACCCUCAUCAUAUUAUGCCUCCACAGCAACAUUAUGCACCACCCCCACCUCCUCCACCACCAAUAAGCCAUCCAAUGCCACAUCCUCCCCAGGCUGCAGGUACUCCUCACUUGGUAUAUAGCCAAGCUCCACCUCCACCAAUGACCUCUGCUCCUCCACCAAUAACCCCUCCCCCUGGACAUAUUAUUGCCCAGAUGCCACCUUAUAUGAAUCAUCCUCCUCCAGGACCUCCCCCACCUCAACAUGGUGGUCCACCUGUAACUGCACCCCCUCCUCACCAUUAUAAUCCAAAUUCUUUACCCCAAUUUACUGAAGAUCAAGGAACUCUGAGCCCUCCAUUUACACAACCAGGGGGAAUGAGUCCUGGUAUAUGGCCUGCACCGAGAGGGCCACCUCCUCCUCCACGAAUGCAGGGUCCGCCUUCUCAAACCCCACUUCCUGGACCACAUCAUCCAGAUCAGACAAGAUACAGACCUUAUUACCAAUGAUACUAGUAUUUUGAACUGAAGAUAUGAGGAAAAAAACUUAAUGUGUAGUCAAUCUUUUAAUUAAGCUUUGACUGUUGGGGAAGGAAAAGUACCUCUGAGGUGGCUAUAAAACACAUAGGGUCUUGUCUCUUAAAAUGGUUUUAAAUCUUGACCUUAGGAUUGAUUUCAAGUACUAUGCUAUAGUGCAGAUAAGUGACUCAGUUGAGCACGGCUAUAUUUUAACAACUUUGUUCCCUAGGUGGUAAAUUGACCCAGAAGUGACCAUUUGUAAAAAAAAAAAAAAAAAAAAAAUUGAAAAAAUAUUCAUUGUUUCACUUUCAAAGUAUUGGUUUUGUUAAACCCAAUGUUUAGUUUUUCUUGUGAUACAUUUUGUUAACCUGUGUAAAAGGAUUAAAUUUCAAUAUGGUUGUAAAAAUGCUAUUUUUAUGUGAAUUUAAGUGCAGCCACAUACUGUUUUAUAAAACCAUAUGUUUUACCACUAAUUUCCCAAAGUUACAAUAAAAUCCUAGAAGUAAAAAUCUACUAGAAUUUGCUAUAAGGGCAGACUGUUAAAUGAUAGAGAAUUAUUUCACAUUUUAGGCACUGAAAUUUCAUGGUAUAGUAAGUAUGUAAUAUACUUUACUUGGAUGCCUUUUCAUGUUUAGGCAGCCUCAGGAGCACCAAAAUACAUUGGAAUUCCAAUACUAAGAUAUAUUUAUGUUUGUAAUAUUAAAAGAUAUUCUGAUUAUUUGAAAAGAUAUGGCCAAAGUAUUCAACUCCGUAGGCUCCAAGCUGGUGAGGGGAUGCUGUUACUCAUUAAUGCUUUUUACUGAAUGUUUGGAAUCACAUGAUGCACCACACUUAUUAAUCUUAAGUAACAUUAUUUUAUAGAACUGUUUAAAUGGUGUUGUUUAGAUGAAAUGUGUUCUACUCUGUUCAUUGUCUUAAGCUAAAUAUUUAGGGCUAAAUAGGCUUUAUAUAAAAUCCUCAUUUCAUGGUA